AUGUCUCAAUUCCGCGCGGCCAAGCUGGACAUUGGAUGUUUCGCAAAGAUUCGCAAUAUCCGCGACCACACCAAGCGGAAGGUGUACUCGGAGAAUGAGCCAGAACGACAAGCUCUGCGAUACCUGAUCCGCAAUACCACGCUUCCGCAACGAGUCCGCGCACAGGCUCAGCUCCAGCUCUCGCAGAUGCACUGCUACACACGCUACACCCAGAUCAAGAACAGGUGUAUAAUGGGCGGCAAGGGCCGUGGUGUCUUCAGCGACUUCAGAAUGGGCCGAUAUCAAUUUCGCGUAAACGCUCUCGCGGGGAACCUGCCGGGCGUGAAGAAGGCAACCGACCUGAACCAACUUGGCUUCUUCAUCAACCUCUCAGGUCAUGUCCGUAUGAUCGACGCCCCCGAGAAGGCCUAUGUCUACCACGCGACCAACAAUGAGCGCGUCAACGAGGUGCGCCGCGAGGCCAUGCAAACCUGCCAGCGCAAGGAAGCAGAGAAGCGCCUGUCCUACCUCGGCCUCGAGUGCAUCCACCUUCCCGACUUCGCCAUGACCAAGCCCAGUGGUCCACAUGUACCUAUCCUUGCUCCACCGCCUGACCUCCUCAAGACGCGAAAGCGAUUGAUUGUACUGGUAAACGACACCAUGCAAGAUCUAGGCAUCCUGGCGUAUAGACAGUUGCAGCGGGAACUCGGCAUCAACGGUGGCUCAGUCGUCAACUUUGCCAAGGAGAUGGUCAAGUGCUCCGACACUGACAACACCGCUGAAAGGGACGCGAAGAUUUUCAAAGAUGGUCAUGUUCUCCAAGACAAGACUACCACUCCUGCUUUGAUUGUCUUGAACGCGGGCCAGCUGCUGUACUCGCACAAGUACGACCAGGCCAUGACUCUACGCAGUUGGUCCGCCAUGCCACGCAAGUCAAUCGCCCACGACAUGGUCCGCAUCCGUGACAACGAGAACCGUGUUCCAGGUCAUGAAAAUGCCAAGAAACAUGUCAAGACUGUCUUUGACGAAGUCAUCUGCAACCCCGAUCGUGUUGCAGCUGACGCAGAAGUCUACGUCAUCGCUAUUGAAGACGGAACGGAGAGUAUCUUGAACCUGCUCACGCACGACUGUACGUCUCCUGGCCCUGCUUUCACCUGA